CUUUAGGUAUGAUGUAAUUGAUAUUAUUUUUCAUUUAUUUGUUAUUUUUUAGAAGACUUGUAUUAAGAUUUUCUGUUUUGUAUUGAUAAUAUAUCAUUUAUUUGUGUUGAGAGUAUGUAUUUUUUGUAUUGAGAAUAUGUCUUUAUUGCAUUGAGAAGGUGAACUCCUCUUUUUAGCUAGUCGAGUCUCUCUUGAUUUUGUAUCUUUAAUUUCUAGUAUAAGCAUAGAACCUAUUAACUAAACUAGUUAAGGAUAGAGGCAGAAUACAAACAAAGGAUAGGUCAUAAUUUCUCCCAAGUCUAAACUAGUAACUAAACUAGUACUAUUUCUUUUUUGGACAAUAUUGCCUUCUCCAAUCUUGGCGCAUUAGCAUUUCAUAAUUGCCUAAAAAUGAUGAUAUAAUGGAAUAUGCAGUCAUUAGAUUACAAUAUCAUCUGAAACAGAGAGAUCCUAUUGGUUGCUAGCAAGUACAAGUAUGAAAUAUAUUCACGUUAACCAUGCUCAUUUCAACUCAUGAAUAAAGAAUCCAAUCAAUGGUGGCUUAUCAGUACCAAAAAUACAAAGAAAAAAAAAAUAGCAGCACAAUAAUCACUCAUGUAGAUAAUUACCUAAAGCAGUGAAAAAAAAAAUGGAAGAGUCAUUUUAGUUAAGGAUGAUUCACAUUCUACAAGAAGCAGUGAACAAAGCAUGUCAAAUCAACUUUUUAUGUUGUUGCAAUGUGAAAUUUAAUUGGGCAAUUAAUUAUGAUGAUUCUACUCGAGGGAUCUAAUAAUAUAGAUUAAAACCUUCUAUUUCAAUCACGCCUAGCAAGACAUUAAUAGAGGUGCUUAGGAAACAUGAGUGCUUGUGGAUUUUUCAUUAUAGUUGACUGUUGAGUUUCCUAUGCAUUACUUAAAUUCUCACUUGUCAGCUCAUUCUUCUGUACUUCCAUGUCUUUCUAGUUCUUCAAUAGUUUAUUUUAAUAAAUGUUGGGUUUCCUUUGCAAUUACGUUUGAUUUAUUUUCUAUUAUGAUUAUGUAAAGAUUAAAACCUUUGUUGUAUCAAAUUUGUAAACUUACUUCUAUACUUUUCAGCAUAUAACAAAUAUGUCUAACAAAAAUCAAAAUAAUGUUGCUGCUGCUACACAAAUACAAGAUAGUCAGAUAACCAGAUUAAUUUGGACAGAUAAAAUGAAAGAGGAUUAUGUAGACAUAUGCGUUAGUGAGAUUCAUGCUGGUAACCGUCUAGGGACCCAUUUUAAUAAGGUGGGGUAGAAAAAUGCGGUUAAUAAGUUUAGCGAGAAAGUUGGUAAAGAAUGUAACUACAAACAACUUAAGAACAAGUGGGAUAUUUCAAAAAAGGAUUGAAACAUUUAGACGAAAUUAGUUAGAAAAGAAACUGGCCUUGGAUGGAAUCCGAUGAAGAAGACAGUUGAUGCUACAGAUGAGUGGUGGGCAAAAAAAUUACAGGAAAUUCAAGAAGCAGCUAAGUUUCGGAAUGCAGGUUUAGCUCAUAUUUCCAAGUUGGAUAUAAUGUUUAGGGGUAUAACUGCAACUGGUGAGGGAGCUUGGGCACCAUCCUCUGUAUUGGGUUUUGAAGAUGCAAUAAGAUUUGAUCAAUAUAAUGAUGUAUUGUUAGAGUUAGAAGAGAUUGAUGAUUCAGAUGACGAAUCUGGUGAUAUUCAAACUAAUUUAGAUACUCAGAUGAAAGAAAAUAAACAUGUUAGUCCUGUAGUCCAAGAUAGGAAAAGGAAAAAAGGAACUCAAAUAUUUGAUCAACAUUUCACACGUCUUUAUGAUGUACUUGAAAAGCGGAUUGCAACAUUAUCAUUCGAUAAACCUGGUCGUAGUAUUGACGAGGUUAUGGCUGUUGCACCGGAGUUAGCUGAGAUAGAAAAUGACUAUGAGAUUUUUAGGGAUGCAAGUGAGGUACUCCUUUCGAAAUCACAUAGAGAAAUGUUUAUUGCCCUAAAAGACUCAACGUUUCGGAUUGAUUUUAUUAAACGAAUGAAAAAUAAAUGAAGUCAAUAUUGACUAUUGUGAUGUCAUUUUAGGGAUUCAUUAACAAUUACUAUUUUCCGAAUGAUUUGUAAUGAAUUAUUUUAGA